AACUCCGUCUCCCAUGUGGCAUUGCGAGCGGUCUGUUUCUAGGUGUCUAGCAACAGCUAUCAGCUCAGACAGCCGGCGGCAACGGGAGCUCUAUUUCUCGGUGUGCCUUUCCACGAUUAUUCGCUGCCGAGUAUUCAUAUUUAGUAGUCAAUUGGCUGAAAAUAGGGAAAGCAACCACCCUGACCCCUGCACAGAGAUAUGAGCGGCAGCGGGCGGCCCAGGACCAGCUCGUUUGCUGAGCCGCCAGGUGUUCCAGGAACCGCCGCUUCGUCCACCGGAUCAGCCGCUGCCGUGGGGAGCAGCACAGGAAAGUCCGGGGUCCCGCAGGCCUCCGGCAGCAACUCGUCGGGAUGCUCGAACCUUAAGCUUGCCAGAGACAGCGGAAAGGUGACGACAGUGGUGGCCACACCAGGUCAGGGACCAGACCGCCCACAGGAAGUCUCCUACACGGACAUCAAGGUGAUUGGCAAUGGGUCGUUUGGUGUGGUGUACCAAGCUCGCCUCAUCGACAGCCAAGAGAUGGUGGCCAUUAAGAAGGUUCUGCAAGAUAAGAGGUUCAAGAAUCGUGAGCUCCAGAUCAUGAGGAAGCUGGACCACUGCAACAUCGUCCGGCUACGUUACUUCUUCUACUCCAGUGGAGAGAAGAAGGAUGAGGUGUAUCUCAACCUGGUGCUGGACUUUGUCCCUGAGACGGUCUACAGGGUGGCCCGGCAUUUUAACAAGGCCAAGAGCAUCAUUCCUAUCAUAUAUGUAAAGGUGUACAUGUACCAGUUGUUUCGUAGUCUGGCGUACAUCCAUUCCCAGGGCGUCUGUCACAGAGACAUCAAGCCUCAAAACCUGCUUGUUGACCCAGAAAGUGCCAUCCUCAAGCUGUGUGACUUUGGCAGCGCCAAGCAGCUUGUCCGCGGAGAGCCCAACGUGUCGUAUAUCUGCUCUCGCUAUUAUCGCGCCCCCGAGCUCAUAUUCGGUGCCACGGACUACACGGCAAACAUCGACAUCUGGUCCGCAGGCUGCGUCCUGGCCGAGCUGCUGCUCGGACAACCCAUAUUCCCCGGUGACAGCGGGGUGGACCAGCUUGUCGAGAUUAUCAAGGUGCUAGGAACCCCGACCAGGGAACAAAUCCGAGAGAUGAACCCCAACUACACAGAGUUCAAGUUUCCUCAGAUCAAAGCUCACCCAUGGACCAAGGUGUUUAAACCUCGCACCCCCCCGGAGGCCAUCGCCCUUUGCUCCCGGCUGCUGGAGUACACGCCGGCCUCGCGCUUCUCCCCACUAGAGGCCUGUUCGCACGCCUUCUUCGAGGAGCUGCGCCAGCCAAACACACGACUGCCCAGCGGCAGAGAACUGCCGAUGCUCUUCAACUUCAGCACCACAGAGCUGUCCAUCCAGCCCCAGCUGAACUCGACCCUCAUUCCUCCUCACGCUCGCUCCCACACUGCUGCUUCCGCCCACGAUGGUUCCGAUUCAUCUCAACACAGUUCAGUACCAGGAUCCCUCAACAGCAUCUGAAGCAGCUUCUCGCCUGCCUGCCUGCAAGCAUCACCCUUAUCUCAACACACACACACACACACUCUACUGCUUUCCUCCAUGCUGCUUGCUCUCCUCUUAGAUGAUCUGUUUUUGUACAGUAAAUGCAUUGAACCAACCAUCAUUAGCUCUUUAGCUGCCAGGCGUCAGGUGGCAGGUGAUUGUUAAAAACAAAAACAGACACACACACACACACACACACACACACACACACACACACAGAAACAAAAACAGUGGUCUCGCUGCUGCGCUGGUGGUCUGUGAAGGCUCAAUAGUGGGGGGCUGGUCCUCUGUAUUAUAACUUCUUCUUUUUCUUUUUAAUUCAACUUUUAUUUAGUUUUUUAAUAAUUGUUUAAUUUAUUGGACUAAUAGAAUGCAUCAUGUGGUUACCAAACAUUUUUUGUCGCCACAAUUUAUUUUUUCCUGUGUUAUUUUCUGAACUGCACUGCCGGAGCGAGAUCAGAAGAAGCCCCACAUAGGUCAUCGGGGUCAAAGGAUGUUUUAUUCAAUGGAUGCUUCAUCUUCCAGCCCCGUUAUUUCAGCCAAUCCAGCCCAAUGUUAAGGUUAGAAUUAUUAUUCUCAGCUUAAGUGGCAGGUGGAGCAUAAAUCCUCCCCAGUAGCCGUCAUCAGUGUUUGAUCGGAGGCGUUAUGACAUAUUUGUGUUUCGGGGCUGAGUUACUUUAUACAAAGCAGACUGGAAAUCCUCUCUCCUUCAGCUUGUUCCUUCAUUGUUGGGCCUUGGCUUGUACGAUACAGUUCCCCUCCAUGACCACAGUUGUCUUAAAAGUAAAGGUAAGAUCAAUCAUGGAUGUUUGACUCCUUUUCACCUUUUCUCAGUGAUUUUUCAGUGACUCAUUCCCGGCAGGCAAAGGUGUCCAUUUGUUGGGACUCGCAGCAAUCGUUCUCAACUCGUGCUGUCUUCUCCACCUCGCUCCACAUGUAUAAAACGAUCCUUUGAAACGGAAAAAAACAAUCCCAACGUCAGUAUUUCAAAUAUUCGUACAUCAGUGCGCUGCUCGCUCCUUGUUGUGCUCCCGGUUCGAUCCCCGGCCAGCUGUGUGAGCUCAUCGCAGCAGCUGUAGUAACGUAAGCGCAUUGAGGAGCUUUAAGAAACGCGAAACGAGCUUCUGUAUCACGGAUAUCAAGGGUCUUUAUAUUCUUCAAGAACUUGUUUCCAGAAUUUACUUGCUGAGAAAAUAACAUUUUCAAACCAGAAGGAGAGAAAAUAAGAAGCCUGACGGCCUUCACUGGUUUCACUGGUGCUACUGUGCUAGAAAUGAGUGAAUGUAUCGGAGAAAAGGGUUGGUUUCACUUCUUUUAUUUUUUUUUAGGAAACAAAAAAUAUCCAUCCUUUUUAAUUUCAUGUUACGCUUUUAACACAGAACUUGCGUUCGUUGUGGUUCUUUAAAGGAAGUCAACACGUUCUAAACAGUUGCUCUUUUUAACAUGUAUGAAAACGUUUUAAGAUAAUAUACAUUUUGAUGCCCCGAAAAAUCUUGAAAUGUGGUUAAUAUUGUAACUUCAAGAGUAACUUUGGUAUUUUUUAACGUGGGACCUAUUUUAUCGUGUUUAAGUGCUCCAACCAGCUGUAGCUUGGCGAGCUGCAUUGUAAUUCUUUCGAUUUUGAACUCUGUGGUGGAAACUUGAGUGAGAGUUGGACACGAGUUUGUUUUUGAGUCCAGAAAGUCUAAAAUAUUUUCAAUGUCACCACUGAACAUUUAGAUCCUUUUUGCAACGUGGAUCCGGUCUGACCCACAUGUUUAGUAGACGUACUCAAAGGAGUUCAAACACCAAUGCUAUUAAAUCAAAACUGCCCCCCGCCUCACGCCAGCUGAAAUAUCAUCCAUGUCCUCAUGUUGGUGUAGAAAAAAAGCUUUUGUGCCUCCCAAGAGCUGAGUGAAUGCCCUCCUGUUGAAUAAAUGCUGCAAAGAAUGCCAGGAAGGGAUUUAAUGUUCUUAAACUCAAGGUGUGUGGGGGGGGGGUCCUCAAUGUAAAUGUAUUUAUUUCGGGGACGAGAAUCGGAUGGCAGUACAUUUCAGCCGAAGAAAGCUUUGACACGGCAUCUCGGGGUCUUUAGUCAACCGUAGUUCCAUCAGUGUGAAUGAUUCUUUUUAAUUUAUUUUUUUAAAGCUUCUCUGAAGACGUGAUGACAUGUGACCGAAGCGCAGCAGAGAGGAAGGCUUAAUGUGAAUAGUAGUCUAACGUCAACCUCAGGCCGGGGGGGCUUCCUGUCAGCCAUCUGUGUGAGCGCUCCUUUUCCUUCCAUCGCUGAGAGGACUGAUGUUGAGUUUUACCCUCAAAAGUUGGGAAACGGCUGUUUGAGGCAGAACUCAGACUGCGGUCACGAGUCGCAAAGUAUUAUCUCAGAAAGAGAAGAGCAUUUUCCACCUGCGAGUCUGUCUUUAGGGUUAGAGCAGUCAAUACAGAUUUAGUAAGCAGUACAGACCACUUGAAAGUGUGUAGUAUAGAAUAUUUGAUACUACUGCUCCAUGCUUCCACCUGCUGUUUCUUUCACAUUUGCAUUCUUUCUUCUCCAACACGUUAGGCACAUUCACAUUGAUUUGAUUGGAGGAGAGCAUCUUUCAUUCUCUUCCCCACCCAUAAUAUCACCCACCAGUCCUGCGGGACUCAUUCGGCUUUUUUUUUUUUGGGCUGUUCAGAGUCCAAACUGCUCGGUUGGAUUCCCUCUGCAGGAAGUUCACACUAAGAGCUGUCAGUCUCUCUGUGGCCAUGAAAAGGUGUGACCCCGUGGGGGGGUCUCGUCCCUCCGACCUCUGAACCCGCUCUCUCUCCCUCUUAUCGCACGUGUAAAUAUCACUGAUUUUUAUUUUCAUCUUUUUACUUUUUAUGACAGAGUUGUUUAUAUCUUAUCUCUCCUCAUGCCGCCAAUGAAGCAGUCUUAGUUUGUGCAUUUUUUGUAAAUAAGUUUAUUUUAUUUUUCACAAUUCAGAAUGUAAAUACUGCAAAGAAAAAAAAAUCAGGCUAAUGUUUGUUGAUGAUCUCUCUCUCUCGUAGUGAAAAAUGUAAAGUAGCUGUUGCUCAGCAGUCCUCCCUGUCCGGCCCUCCGCGGGUCCGUCUGACUGUUGAAUGAAUAUUUCACAGGUUCUGUUCCAAAAUGCUUCUUUCUGUGUAGAGGCGUGUUGUGUUGGCGUGACCGCGCUCUCCCACGUGCUCGUCUACGGCUAAUGUUUAUGCGACCCAUUUAAAGUCCCGUGCGGCAGAGGCUUCACAAGAGGGAGCUGUUCAGUCCUCAUCAAACGAGUUCUUCAAAUAGAAUAGAACGUUGUCAGGGUAACCCUUCUAUUCAAUUAAAGUAGCCUCAUCUGGGAUCCAAUUUUACAGAUUUUAAAAUAGCUUUAAAAUGGAAAAAUAAUAAGUCUCUGGCCCCAAGAGUUGAGGAUCAGACCGACGUCGAGUCCAGUUGCUUUUGGAACAGAACGUUUGUGUGAUGACAGGUUGCAAUAUGUUAUUACUGUGCAGUAUUAAGAAGAAAAUAAUGUUUGCCACAGGUCUCUGGUAUCUUUAGAGAAAGUGAUGUCUCGUGUCUGACUUCAUCUCAAGUGUUGAGUCGGUCUUAAAAUCCCAACAUGAUGUCCUGCUGGUGCACAGUGCGUGCGGGACGGCAUUUCAAGGUCACAAAAGAGCAGAUAUUGACUUUUGUCUCGUGACAGAAACACCAUUCUUGUAUGUUAGCUACUUGGCAACUUGCAGACAUCUUUUAUGUGAACCAAAUUUUUGAAAAACAAUAGUUUUGUUUCAUUUUCAAAUUCUCUGAAACGCUAGUUGUAAUUUAGGAGAUUAGUGCUUCUCUUUAAUAAAUGGAUGUCACUUGUGGUUCAUUCUUCUCUGUGGCCAUUAGCUUUGGUGUCCUCCUGCCCCGGUGGACUGAUGUGAUGGAGGGACAGAUACAGAUACAGAGAGAGAGAGAGAGAGAAACACAAACCGCCUGUCUCUGUUCUGUGUAUGUUCUGUAUAAUAUGGACUCAUUUACUGUAAUAAAGUGAUGAAACUGUGA